AUGCGCGUACAACUACAACGGGAUGCAUCAGCUAAAAAUUUUGCAAAACAAUUAAUGGAUAUUGGAAAUGGGCGAAUGCAAAUUGAUGAAUCUACGCAAUGUAUCCCCUUGCCAGCAAACUUCUGUAAGAUCACAGAAAGCAUACACGAAUUGGUGCAAAAAGUUUUGCCAAACAUUACACAGAAUUACAAAAAUCAUCAGUGGCUCAGUACGCGUGCUAUAUUAGCGGCCAAAAACAUCGAUGUCAAUACCAUCAACUUCACCAUUCAGAAUGGAAUACACGGCGAAACGACAACAUAUAAGUUCAUCGAUACUGUGGUGAAUCAAGACGAAGUUGUCAACUAUCCAACUGAAUUCUUGAAUUCGCUUGAUUUGCCAGGCAUGCCACCGCACGUUCUUACAUUUAAAAUUGGCGUACUCAUCAUUAUUCUUCAAAACAUAAAUCCACCACGACUUUGCAACGGAACUAGAUUCUCAGUCAAGAAAAUGAUGAACAAUGUUAUCGAGGCAACAAUUUUGACUGGAAAAUUCAAAGAUGAAAACGUAUCCCAAUGA